AUGCCGCCCAAAGGAAAGCAACCGGAGCCGAAGAAGAAGAAGCCCACUGUCGAGGACAAGACGUUUGGAAUGAAAAAUAAAAAAGGUGGAGCCGCCCAGAAACAGAUCAAGCAAAUCGCCUCUUCGGCAGCGGCAGGAGGUACUGCUGAAGAAAAGAAAAAGGAAGCUGCGAAGCUACAGCGAGAGAAAGAGAAGGCGGCAGCAGAGCAAGCACGAAAGGAAGCGGCAGAACUGUUCAAGCCAGUGCAGACGCAGAAAGUGCCGUUCGGUGUUGAUCCCAAGACGGUUCUCUGCCAAUUCUUCAAGAAGGGCGCAUGCGAGAAGGGCAAGAAAUGCAAGUUUUCGCACGAUCUUGACGUAGAGCGGAAGCAGGAGAAGAAGAACCUGUAUCAAGACACGCGCGACGAGGAAGACGAGAAGAAGCAGAAGGAUGGCAUGGAGGAUUGGGAUGAGGAGAAGCUGCGACAGGUCGUGCUUUCCAAGCACGGAAACCCGAAGACCACGACCGACAAAGUCUGCAAAUUCUUCAUUGAAGCGGUCGAGAAUCAGAAAUAUGGUUGGUUCUGGACUUGUCCCAACGGUGGGGACAAAUGUAUGUACAAGCACUCGCUCCCCCCAGGAUUCGUGCUCAAGACCAAGGAGCAACGUGCUGCGGAGAAGGCUUUAAUGGACAAGUCUCCUAUGGCCACUCUUACUUUGGAAGACUUUUUAGAGUCACAACGUCUGAAGCUUACCGGAGCACUCACCCCCGUCACGCCCGAGACCUUCGCCAAGUGGAAGAAGGAGAGAAUGGACAAGAAGGCUGCCGAGCAAGAAAUGGCCAAGAUGAAGGAGGAUACCGGUCGUGCGCUGUUCGAAAAGGGUGACUGGGAGGCCAGCGACAGCGAAGACGAAGACGAUGAUGGCUUGUUCAACCUCGAAGCUCUGCGAAGGGAGACAGAAGCUGCGAGAGCGAAGAAGGAAGAAGAAAGACUUGCGGCUGAGCAAGGCGAGACGAAUGGCAUUCCGACUUUCUAAGGCAUGAAAUGGAGUGGUGUUGUUGCAAUUUGCAUGAUGAGAUGGCAUUUGGCAUGGUAUACGUGCGUAUGAUCUCAAUGAAAGUGUUGAUGGCUAUUGCCCGCCGCCUUGACUUCUCUGGAUCAUCGUCAUCUCUCUCAUCCUCACGAAUUCUGAAAACCUAGCCUCGAUCGUUUCGUCAUCUUCGGCACUAUACAGCGAUUCCUCAGGCGUCGCUCGACAGCACCUUCGCGUUCGCUUCGAAAUCGAAGCGACCCUCACGCCUGCAUAGAAGAUGCCGCUGUCGUUCUUCUCCGCCAAUCCUUCGCGCGCCAGCCAAUUCCACAUCUGUGCACUCAUCAGUAUUUUGGAUAUGCUAACGCCAAGAUCGAAAUUGUGUACGUACUCCGGGCCGAUGGCAGUGAAGCCUUAGCGGACGAAACCAGAACCAUCUCCACUGAUAAAACGACUCCGGUCUUUGACCGCCUACCCUGAGGGAGAGUUGUACCGAGUCCACAGCGUGGACGUGUCUCAUGUGCUUGACGUGAGGUAGGGGGAGCACGUCGAUGAACUUGUACGGAGUCCGGCCGUCUAGAACGAAGAUCGAAUUGGCGUAAUAGGACUUGGCGAACUGUGCUCUCGUGGCGCGAUCAACUUGUAAGAGCGACGGCGGCUUAUAGUCCUUGUUGAUGAGUACGACUUGCCUUGGCGGCUCAGACAAGACUCCUUCGUACACUCUGUCGAAUAAUUCUUGCGGCAGGCUGUAGAGGAGAUCCUUGAAAGAUGGUGGCUGCUGAAGGGCGGCCAUCGUGACGGCGCAGGUGAUGACGGGCAACUUGUUUUCUUGGACGCGGGAAAGGGUUUCAUAAAGUCGUGAGCAGUUUUAUCUUUACUGGCGUGGGGGCGAGGUUUGGAAUGUCUCAGUCCAGCUUCGAGAAGUGGAUCGCACAUGACAUCGCUGGCAUGUGCUGGUGCUGACGGCCUAACACUUUCUAAUUCUAGAAACGAAUCCGCCGCGG